CCAAGUCGAUCGCAGCUGUUGAAAACAGCGACAGACUGUGUGAACAGGUUCAGCAAUGGCAAGUCUUACGACAUUCUUGCUAUUCGAAGCGCAAAAUGCUGCCACGAAAUCGGUCCCCCUUGUAUGGGAGUGCCGGCACCUUUGACGAAGGAAGAAUAUGGAGGCUGGUGGGACUCGUUCACACCGAAGGUGUGGCCCAAUGGUAUGGAGCUUUGGGUGGAUAAGGAACGGGAACCGGUUGUCGACGAGCAUAGCCGCCACGUGGUUUUAUACUGCAAGAGUCGAGCUGAGUCCUACAAAGGGGUCUACGAAGGGACAUACGUAUUCAACAUCACCGUUAGCGAAGAUGGAGAAAUGGUGGAUGACAUUGUUGAGUUCCUCGACAGC